CUUCUUUGGGACAACAACCAAAUAAAUGAAAGUUGUAAACAACAACAAGAAGCCCCUCCCACCACCAGACAGGCUCAGUAAUCGGUGGAUUAUCAGUCUGAUCCUGGAUCAGCUGAUCAGAGGUGUGACCUCAGCUGUGUACAUGUAAGACCAGUUGGACUGGUUCUGCCUACAUCAGUACCACAGGUUGAGGUGGGUCAGGUCCAGUUCAAACCAGUCUGACUAUCAGAACGUCCAGCUGGACGCAGCAUGUCAUCGAUAAUCUGAUCAGCUCAUGUCUCAGAACCAGACCUGGGUCAGAACCACCGAUCAAUGACAUCAUCAACACAGAAAAUCCCUGCAGAAAGAUCUGGAACAUUUCCAGAACCGUUCAGCAGAGCAGCAGAACUCAGAUGUGAUCAGUCAAACCAGCAGGAAGCGUUUCAAUCUCCUUACCUGAUGAUCAGUCGGCCAAUCAGAGACCAGUUUCCAUGGAGACCUGAUCUGCUGGGAAUCUGAACCAGGAUCAGCUGCUAAAUUUACCUCAGAUCAACAGUAGACGCCUCAGACAGCGUCUCACCAGAACCACACGGUCUCCAGGACCAGGACCCAACAUCGAGGACCAGAACCAUGUCUCUGAGCAGUGCCGGUGCAGGUGGACCCCCCUGGAAGAACCACAGCUUCAACCUGGGGGGGGGGCGAGACCCACCUUUGUCAGACCAGGGAGAGACCAUCAUCGGGGUCUACCUGCUGCUGCUGGGCUGGAUGUCCUGGUUUGGGAACAGCAUCGUCCUCUUCGUCCUCUACAGACAGCGGGCGUCCCUCCAGCCCAGCGACUACCUGACCUUUAACCUGGCCAUCUCCGACGCCAGCAUCUCUGUCUUCGGGUACUCUAGAGGGAUUAUUGAGAUCUUCACCGUCUUCCAGGACAGCAGCUUCCUCAUCUCCUCCAUCUGGACCUGCCAGGUGGAUGGGUUCUUCACGCUGCUGUUUGGACUGAGCAGCAUCUACACGCUGACGGUGAUCAGCAUCACCCGCUACGUCAAAGGAUGCCAUCCUGCCAGAGCUCACCACAUCACCAGAACCAGCGUGUUUGUGUGUCUGCUCUUCAUCUGGGUCAUGGCCGGUUUCUGGUCCGGAGCGCCGCUGCUCGGCUGGGGGAGCUACACAGAUCGGGGGUACGGUACCUGUGAGAUUGACUGGGCCAAAGCCAAUUACUCCAGUCUGUACCGGUCCUACAUCAUCUCUAUCUUCAUCUUCUGCUUCUUCGUCCCCGUCCUACUCAUGCUCUUCUGCUACGUGUCCAUCAUCAACACGGUCAAGCGGGGCAACGCCCUGUCGGCAGAAGGCGACCUGACCGACCGCCAGAGGAAGAUAGAGAGAGACGUCACAAUCGUUUCCAUAGUGAUCUGCACAGCCUUCAUCCUGGCCUGGUCUCCAUAUGCCGUGGUCUCCAUGUGGUCUGCCUGGGGCUUCCAUGUUCCCAACCUCACCAGCAUCUUCACCCGCCUCUUCGCCAAGUCCGCUAGUUUCUACAACCCGCUGAUCUACUUUGGUCUCAGUUCCAAGUUCCGCAAAGACGUGGCGGUCCUGCUGCCCUGCACUGGAGAUGCCAAAGACUCUGUCAGACUGAGGCGAUUCAAGCCAAAGGCCGACGCCCACGGCCGCCACGCCGCAGGAGGCGGAGCCAGACUCAAAGUCCCUUUGAACCAGCCAGAGAAGAAAUAUUCUCCCAUGAAUCGGCCCCCCCAGCCCACCACGCCGGAUUCGGGGAUGGAGAGUCCGCCCGGCAUGCCGCCGUCUAAUAACAAGGAAGUGUUUUACAUCAACGUGCCCCACCCCUCGGAGGCCACCUCAGAGUUUGAAUGUGUGAGACUGUAGUGCAAUGGUCGGCAACUAGCUGCCCAGAUAUUAUUGGAAGGCUAUUUUUGGCCCGCGGGCCACCGCUUUACCUUGAUUAUUAAAAAAACCAAACAAACAAAAAUUGACUGCAAGAGUCAUGUG